GUUUCAAUUUGAAAAGCAUGGCUUUUGCCGCUAUGAAGCAGUGGAGAUCUUUGAUGAAUGCCGGCGCCACCGCCGCCGCCGCCGCCGGCGGCGGGAAGCGACAGUUUGCGUCUUCCGCCGCCUCCCAACAUGACAAGCCGAAAUCAUGGUACUCGUCGGGAGAUGCGAUACCGAUUUGGCUGCUGGCCGGAUUCACGACGGCGGCGUUAGGUAUGGCCGUUCACACGGCGAAAAAUCAGCUGAUUCACGCGCCGUCGGUGUCGGUGAAGAAGUCUACGAGAGAGAAUCUGAUCGAAGUGGAUGAUCCCCAAACGGCGGUGAAUGGCGCUGACAAAUUCGUGAACAAAUCUUUCCUGAGAAAGGUUAGCCGGAUCCAGGACCCGGAAACCCGAGUUCUGCAGGACCCUACCCGCCCUGAUCCUUUCACCAUUCCACGCAAGUACGAGUCUCUAGAAUCUGCUGGGGUUCGCAAGUGAGCUGAUGAUGAUGAAGAUGAAGAUCAGAGGCCCAUCGUAUCAAACAAGCUUCGCAAAUUUUGCAAUG